AUGAGGAACUUAGCAUUGGACUUCAUUCUCCUGUGGGACUCCGAGGAAGCCCGGCAAAAGAUAAUCUUCACCGGCGACCGGCAACAGGCAAGGUGGUACCUCCAAGCCGUCGACGUAAUUCAGCGCUCCGAUGAUCAAAGCACCAUCCCCAUCGCCAUGGCACGCUUGGAAAACGAAUUCCGUAACAUACUAAUCUCAUACACCAACCCCACUUCUUCUCUUGACCCUCUAAACACCGAAGAAGAAGAAAAAGAAGCCCAAAACAGUUUUGGUUGCUUCCGUCAUUUCCGCUUCAACGGUUCAGCAAAACAACAUGAUGCUGCUGCUGCUGCUGAUGAUGAUAAGCUUCCUCACAUUGGCGUGAUACCUUACGAUGCUAUAAAGGACCUGCGUUGCAUCGCGGAAAGGAUGAUAUCAUCUGGGUACUUGGGCAACUGCAUCCAUGUUUAUUCCAGAGUUAGAAAAUCUGUUUUUGUUGCCACUGUCCAGAGGCUGGUCAUCAGUGAUGUUAAGCUUCGGCUUAAGGCCAAGAUCCAGCGUUGGAGAGAGGCUUCUACGGUUUAUGUUAGGACCUUGUUUGCCAACGAGAAGGAGCUCUGUGAGAAAAUCUUUGAUGAGGUUGGUCCUGAAAUUGAUCGUGCCUGUUUCAUGGAAACUGUGAAAGAACCUGCCAUUCAACUUCUUAAAUAUGCUGACGCUACUUGCAUGAGCCCCAUCUCGUCACCUGACAUCUUGUUCAAGAUUCUAGUGCUGUAUGAAGCUUUGGCUGAUUUUGAUCGUGUCUUUGACUUCAAAUCCUCUGAGUCUAUACGUGUUAUGGUUGCUGAGGUUCUGCCUCGGUUGGCUGAAGCUGGAAGAAGGGCUUUGUAUUUGUUUGAAUGUUCUGUGGUUUGGGACAAAUUUACGGUUGUUAUCCCCAGCGGAGCAAUUCACCCCUUCACCACUUAUGUCAUGAAUUAUUUAAAUUUUUUCUCUGAUUACAAACAAACUUUGAAUAAAUUUAUAGUACCUAAGCCAUCAAUGGAGUCAUUUUUUGCUGACAUCAAAGAGGAAGGGGAAACCCCGUUGCGUGUUCACAUAAUUUGGAUUUUUGAGGAAUUGCAAGUUAAGCUGCAGGGUAAGUCCAAGCAAUAUAAAGACGAGUCUUUGUCUCAUCUGUUCAUAAUGAACAAUGUCCACUACACUCAUAAGAGAGUGAGAAGAAAUUCUAAAUUGAGGGACAUAAUUGGAGAUGGUCGUUUGAAGGAGCUGGAGAGGAAAUUGACGCAGGCUGCUAUUAGCCACGAGAAAGCAACCUGGGGGAGGGUGUUGGAUUGUUUGACAGACGAGGGAUUGUAUUUGGAAAAGGGUGACAAGAUAUCAAUCUCAAAGAGUGCUUUGAGAAAAAAAAAUUAA